AUGGUGGCGCUGUCGAUGGCAGACGGCUACGCGCGCGUGACGAACGAGCCCCACGCGGCGACGGGACGAGCGCCGGUCCUUAUCUUUGCCGGCCUGAGUCCGUUCACCCUUGAUGGGGAGAGGAGGGGGAAUCGAACGGAAUAUAUUCACUGGCUCCAAGACGUCCCCGACCAGAAUCAGAUCGUUGCGCGGUACUGCAAGUACACAGGCGAGAUCCGCACAGGCAAGAAUGUCAAACAGAUGGUUGGCGCCGCUUUGCAGUUCGCGACCAGCGACCCUAAGGGCUCUGUUUAUCUGAUGGAUCGGCUUGAGGAUGUGCUUACGGAGGCGAUUGGGGCUGUGCGGGGUGGGACGUCGACUGUUGUCGAUGCGUUUGUGCAGUAG